GGUAAGCUCAUCGCACACAUUUUUUACAUCAAAGUUUCGCUGUCUGACCCGGUAAUGAGUAUGUGACACUGACAGAAAGAAAUCAUGCGGAGGCAGAGAAAUAUGAUUGCGGCUGUCUUACUGCUGUGUGCUGUCGAGCUUCACUGCUCUGAUGGUGUGUCAGAGCAGGAUCAGGCCUGUGUACCCAGUGAUGAGGCGGCAUGUUUUGUGCCAGCGGACUAUUUUAAUGCGUCUGGUUCUGUGGACGUAGAGGUGCGUGUUGGUAAGAAACUCAUCAUCUCCCUCGAGCACUUCUCUGAAUACUCUGUCUGCCACUGGAUCAAAGGAGCAGUCCCAGUACUAACCGUUAAUGGAACUCACUCCAUGGUCCUACCGCCGCUUUCUGAGACAGAUUCAGGGGAGUACACACUGAGCUUUGAAACUAGCAAUGGGACCAGGUCCUCAAUGACCAUAUCUCUGCAUGUAGUGAAAUGUCCCACAAAACCGAAGCUGACACUGGACGAAGUAGAUGUCAAAAGGACUUCCCCUUCUUUCAAAUGCAUCUCUGAGGGCUAUCCAAAGCCCACACUUGAAUGGUCUGGAAACAAUGUUGCGAAAGAUGUUCCUUUAAAAGGUGGAUGGGCAGCUAAUACAAUAUCCAGUAGUGAAUAUUCUGAGAGAGGAGUGAUGUGCUGUGCUACUAAUGCUGAAGGACGAGAAUGCUCCCAACUGUAUGACUAUGACCUAGAGAGUGACGUUAUGAAAAAUGAUGAGGUAUCUAAUGUUACUGUGAGCCCUGGUCAGUCUUUACUUCUUCGCUGCCGAAUACAACAUUAUGAGAAGCCGUUACCUGUGUGGGAGAGUGGCAGUAAAACAAUGGAUGCUGAAACAUUAGCAUGCUCUUCUGAAGUGAAGAAGGAGGUCUGCAUUAAAAAUGACUCCCAUGGAGAAAGUAAGAUGGCCUACCUGUUCAUCGAAUCACUUCGUGUGAACCACAGUGGCACAUACAUCUGCAGGAGACAGAACAACAAAACAAAGUCUGUUGACAUUCAUGUCCAAGCUGAGGGUUUCCUCUCUGUCCAGCUGGAUGAGAGUAGGAUCAUACCAGCUCAGAAUGCAUCCCACUCCUGUUUGGAAGCCAGUGUUUCCUACCACCCUGUGAUCCAGCACUGUUCCUGGGAAGCUCCUGAUAAAAACAUGAUUAAGUGCACCAUGGACGAAUGGGUAACAAAACACAGGACUGUGAAGCUAUGCAAUGUACUCAAAUCAGGAGAUUAUAAAUUACAUUUGGAGGCUGGAGGACAAAAAGAAACAAAGACCAUAUCAGUGUGUGUUGUAGGCAAACCACAGUUCACAUUCAGGAACAACAUUAAUCCCUUCACAGUUGAGACUGUGAGUCUUGUGCCAGCAAACUAUACCUGGAAAUCUUGUUCUUUGUCCAACAAUGACAGCUGUGAAACAAACUCUUCCUGGAAGGAGAUCCCAGGUGCCUCUCAAACAGACUCUGAUGUCUUUUGUAAGAAGACAAUCAAGAGCUCUCUGAGCACAGAUCUAGUGGAAGGACACAAGUUAAUGUUUUGCCUGACAAACUCAGUUGGCUCCUGGUGCGAAUUUCAAAACUUAAUAUCCCCCCAGCCCUCCAAAGGUUAUCCAUAUAAUGAUAACGGCAGCUUGAUGGUGCUAAAAGUAGGCAUGAUGCUUCUGCUCCUGGCUUUGGCGGUAGUUAGCGUGGUGCUCUUGUACUUUGUCAAAAAGAAGAAACCCAAGUAUCAGCCCCAGCUUCAGAUGAUUCAGAUGAUUGGACCCAAUGACAAUGAUUACAUCUACAUAAACUUCGAGGAGUUUGGUUAUGACCAGAAAUGGGAGUUUCCCAGGGAGAACCUGGAACUGGGUCAGGAGCUGGGCUCUGGGGCCUUUGGCAAGGUGGUCCAGGCAACAGCUUAUGGCAUCAACAAGCCUGGAGUCUCACAUCAGGUGGCCGUCAAGAUGCUUAAAGAGAAACACCAGACGGUGGAGAAGGAGGCUCUGAUGUCGGAGCUCAAGAUGCUGACUCACAUCGGUCACCAUACCAACAUUGUUAAUCUGCUUGGGGCAUGCACAGAAUCAGGACCCAUAUACCUGAUUUUCCAGUACUGCCGUUAUGGAGAUCUACUGAACUACCUAAAGACAAACAGAGAGCGCUACCACAAGUCUGUGACCGAUGCUUUUAACAAGGACCGUUUCAGCAGCCUUUACCACAACCUGCAGCCCAGGAAAAGCUCUGGUGAGCAGGACACAGCAGAGGGAAAUUACAUGCCCAUGUUCAGCUCUACCACCAGAGGGCAGGAGGACAUCGCCCUCCUCACCAUCAGCUCUGGUGACAUUGACGGUGAAGACCCAGCGACCUGUGAAGACCAUGACAAUCAGACAGAUGACCUGCACACCCUGACCUUUGAUGACCUGCUCAGCUUUGCCUUCCAAGUGGCCAAAGGCAUGGAGUUCCUCUCCUCCAAGAAUUGUAUCCAUCGAGACCUGGCAGCUCGAAACGUUUUAGUGACAAAUGGCCGACUGGUGAAAAUUGGUGACUUCGGACUGGCCAGGGACAUCGACAACGACUCCAACUAUGUUGUUAGAGGAAAUGUGCGUUUGCCAGUGAAGUGGAUGGCACCAGAGAGUACCUUUCAAGGGAUCUACACCAUGAAGAGUGACGUCUGGGCUUAUGGCAUUCUCCUCUGGGAAAUCUUCUCACUUGGUGUUACUCCGUACCCUGGCAUGAAGGUGGAUCACACGUUCUAUUCAAUGAUUGAGAGAGGAUUUAAGAUGGAGUGUCCAUACUACGCCAACGAGUCUGUGUACGGGAUGAUGUGUAAGUGUUGGGCUCUGGAUCCCUGCAACCGGCCAUCUUUCUCCAAACUGGUGUCCUUUAUGUAUGAUCAGCUGACAGACAGUGAGGAAGAGCUAUACCAUAACAUGCUCGACCAGACAUCCAGCGAAUACCAGAAUCCAUCGGCCAUUCUAGACAUUUCCGCCUUGACAAAACAGAAUGAGAACAAGACGGCCAAUGAUUACUGUCAAACCCAUGCAACUGAAGAAAGCAAAGCAGAAGUGUCUGACUCAGACACUGUGGCAGCUGAGGAGAAGCUUGUGAAGCCAUCUGAUACGGAGUGAUAACAUAUCACUGAAUGCAUGUUGAUCAAACCAUUUUGUCUAUAUUUUUUAAAAAGACAGUAUUUAAGAUUAUUUAAGAUUUUUCACAUAGUGACAGUAGAAUGCAUUUACUUUUUAUUCUAUUAGAAUAUGGUAAUAAAACAAGGUUUUAAUUAUGUAUAUGGAAUUUCGAUUAAUUAUAUUCUUACUAUGAAAAUGGGAUCUGAAUGUAAAAAAAAAAAGUUUAUUGUGCAGCUAAAAAUGAAAAACAG